AUGAAACGUAAUCCUGAGAAUGAAGCAAGGCAACUAGAGCCUGAUCUACCUAGUAGAAAUUGGGAAGUACCACCACCACCAAAUGCACCGAUGGUGAAUGAGGAAAGACAAAACCUAGUUGAUCUAGGAGAGCCCGGGAAUAGACAAAUGAUAGUUUUGAAAGAAUUUAUGAAACAAUGUCCACCAAUAUUUCAAGGAAUGAUGAAGCUGUUGGAUGUGGAAAGCUAUCUCCGACAAGUAAAGAAAUUUAUGGAUGCAAUGAAAAUCCCANUUGUCAUUGCUUCGUUUAAGGUCAACCUAAUCUCGUGUGUAUUAAGUAAUCCUGAGAAUGAAGCAAGGCAACCAGAGCCUAAUCUACCUAGUAGAAAUUGGGAAGUACCACCACCACCAAAUGCACCGAUGGUGAAUGAGGAAAGACAAAACCUAGUUGAUCUAGGAGAGCCCGGGAAUAGACAAAUGAUAGUUUUGAAAGAAUUUAUGAAACAAUGUCCACCAAUAUUUCAAGGAAUGAUGAAGCUGUUGGAUGUGGAAAGCUAUCUCCGACAAGUAAAGAAAUUUAUGGAUGCAAUGAAAAUCCCAUCAACUUUGCGAGUAGCUUAA